CGAUAAUGUAAGAUAGGUCACGUGAGAGCCUCUUAAAGAGGCAAAAUGGCGGUCGUUCAACCAGUGACAAUGCCGAAUGGGGAUAUCCAAGAUCUACCAAAUACACCGCCUAGACAUGACGCAUAUGACAUAGCUAAUUUAUUAGACCAGAUAAGAAAUAUACAGAACUUGUUGAGAUUAACAAAAGAAAAUUUAGAAGCUUUAAAUGCUAAGUUUGGAAGUAAACAACAACCAGAUCCUAUGUAUUUACAGGAAUAUGAAGCUUUAGCCAACAAAAUCCAUGAACUUCAGGAGAAAGAGUCCCAGUUACUGACAGACUAUGAACAACACAGCUGUGAACCUUCGCCUCCUGAAGAGACGGAACCACCUCCCCAAGCCCCAGGGCCAAUCCUUCCAAUUGUACCACAACCUAGUCCAACCCCAUCAAGACCCAUACUUCGAGUUAACUUUCCAAAUGACCAGGUGUCUUCGGUAAGAAUAGAAGCAGGUAAAACAUUAAAAGAUGCUUUGAAGAAGGCAAUGAGUCGACGAGAAAUAGAAGCAGAAAGUUGUGAGGUCUAUGAUGUGAGAACAAAAAUGCCUAUUUCCUGGGAUAUAGAUAUUGGAAGUUUAGCUAACAAAGAAUUAAAAGUUCAGUCAAAAUCUCAUAGACCUUCAGUGUCAGGAACCACAUUACCGAUGUUUACACAUAAUAUAGUUCGUAAAACAUUUUUGCUUUUAACAUUCUGUGAUGGGUGUGGCCGAUCGUUAUUCCAGAGUCUACGCUGUCAGACAUGUGGUAUAAGAUUCCAUCAGCGAUGUAUAGAUAAAGUCAACCCAGUCUGUUCUUGGGACAGUAUGAAAGAAUGGGCAAGGCAUAAUAAACUUCCAGCGGAUACAUUCACAUCAUAUUUUCCCUUUAACAGCCGAAAUCAGUCAAUUCCUGUCUCACCAAAUACACCUCAGCGCAGCAAACCUGCCCUGGGGCAGAGGGAUCGAUCCUCCUCAGCCCCUAAUGUGUGCCUAAUUAAUCCGGGUGAGAUCUCUCAUGAGGAUAGUAAAGUAUUACAAGAAGCCACAAUGAAAGAUGGAGGUCAUGCAGGAGUUCAUACAUUACCAAUACCAAGUUCAAACCAUGGUCACAGCCCAGGAAGUAGUCCGACGGGUAGUUCUCAGCAUUCACCAACAGCAGGUGAAAAGCGACAGAGGGCAAGUUCUGAAGAGGCAGACCCUGGCAAAAUCCGUUGUAGACAGAGACGUGAUUCUAAUGAAGACUGGGAAAUAGCUGGUGAUCAGAUACAAGUGUAUUCCAAGAUAGGUUCAGGCUCAUUUGGAACCGUAUACAGAGGUCAUUACCAUGGUUUUGUAGCUAUCAAACGAUUGAAUGUUACGGAUCCAACACCUCAACAAUUAAAGGCUUUUAAAAAUGAGGUGGCAGUUUUAAGGAAAACAAGGCAUACAAAUGUAUUAUUAUUUAUGGGUUGGACGUCAAAGCCAUGGUUAGCCAUAAUAACCCAGUGGUGUGAAGGCUCUAGUUUAUAUAAACAUCUCCAUGUUCAAGAACAUAAAUUUGAAAUGAUAACAUUAAUGGAAAUAUCCAGACAGACAGCUCAAGGCAUGGACUAUUUACAUGCGAAGUCAAUAAUUCAUAGAGAUCUCAAGUCUAACAACAUAUUUUUAACAGAUAUUUUAACUGUCAAAAUUGGUGAUUUUGGUCUGGCAACUGUGAAAACCCGAUGGAGUGGGUCACAUCAGUUCCAACAACCAACAGGCUCAAUAUUAUGGAUGGCCCCAGAAGUGAUACGUAUGCAGGAGGAUAAUCCCUAUACUAACCAAUCAGAUGUAUAUUCCUUUGGUAUUGUAUUGUAUGAACUGAUGACAGGCCAACUUCCAUAUGGCAAUAUCAGUAAUAAAGAUCAGAUAUUAUUCAUGGUUGGUAAGGGAUAUCUGCGACCAGACUAUAGUAAAAUAAGGACAGAUAGCCCUAAAAGAUUAAAGAUUUUAUUUCAAGACUGCUGUAAAUUUGAACGAGAACAGAGGCCUUUAUUUCCACAGAUAUUAUCAGUACUGGAGACAUUAGAAAGGUCGUUACCUAAAGUUCAUCGGAGUUCAUCUGAACCUACUUUAAAUCAAUCACACACUGAAGACUAUGAUUUAAUGUACAUGUGUGCGUCCCCAAAAACUCCUAUAAAUAGCCAGUACUCUCAGUUCAUCUUUUCUUCACCUACGCCUGCUUAUUAAUGUAAACAAUUAUCUCUACACUACCAGGUCUUUCUUUUUAUGUUAUUGAUAAAUUGUACUGCUCUUUAUGUCAUAAGGUCAUGUGCACUUUUAGUGGGAAAGACAUGUGUCGGCUACUUAUUGUGUAUAAUAGAUUGUGUUUUUAUGUCUUUCACUUGAUAGCUGUCUGAAAUGUAUAAAGAAGUUGAAAGUGAAGGAUGUUUAAUCAUGAUAUAAUAAAUGCUUAAAUAUGUAUGCACUUUUUUUUGGCAAAUUCUUCAUAUUUUUUUUUAACCUUACUUAAUUAGAAACAAAUUAAGCAGCAAUGCAAAAAAUUAUACUGUACAUUUUUUCUUGUUAUAUAGAAAGUUGCAGCAUUAAAGAUAAAUUUCAACAUUAAUAUUUCUUGUUCAGUAUAGGAAGUGUUGAUUUUAUAUUUAGUCAAUCAAUAACAUUGAAAAAAUAUCCCAUUUAUUCUACAAUGAGCAUUUGUCACACAGUGAUACUUUUUGUGUAAGCUUUGCAAAAUGGCAGCCUCCAACAGUGCACCUGCUUUCAAAAAAGCGAUUUUGGAUUCAUUAGUAUUUUAGAUUUUCCUUAUUUGUGGUCUUCUUACUAUUAUGAAGACUUCAUACUAUGAAUAGGUAAGCAUUGGUAAUAGAGGAGGAAUAAGUGACCAUCUUGAUAUAUAAAUAGCUUGUUAAGGUGGAACCCAACACUUUCACUAAAAUUAACUUGGCUUGUUUAAUUUUCAUAAAAUUUUACCAAAAUUUCAAAAUUUCAAAAAAAAAUUCAGAAAAAUUACACUGGUUAUAUAGCAGUUUUGACAAACACCAAUUUUCAUCUUUGAGAAGCAUAUUAUUCCCUUUACAACACAACGUAAUUAAAACGUUUAGCUGACUUUACAGAGUUAUCUCCCUGUUGUGUUAGGUACCACCUUAAAAGCAUAGUUGUAUCUCAAAGUUUGCUCAACUCUUGACAGUGUACUCAAUCUUCCUGUUUGUGAAAAAGUUAGUCACUAUACAUUUCAUUAUUUCCUAAUUGCAGAUGUACAAAACAAUGAGCUGUUUUAAGUUCAUCUGACAAAUCUUUCCCAAUUUAAAUGCACAUAAUCUUAUGUUAGAGAGAACUGUUAAUAUUGUUAAACUAUUUAUUUAUUUUAUUGUAUAUAGUUACCAUGUGACAUUGACAAGAAAUGAGGUCGCCAGCAUUACAGCUGGUUUUGUUAUAACAAGGUAUAAUUUGAUGUUACAGUGUGUUUAUUUUUUUCAAUGGUCCAUUUAAUCAAACAGAUUCCAUAAAACAUGGAUUUGUUUGGUCAUGUAAUAGUGCUGGAUUAUGCAGCUUUAAAACAUUUGUGAUAUUAUAUGUUUUAUUGGAAAAACACAUUCUAUAUAGUGAGGAUAUUUAUUGAAUACAUAAAACAAGUAUUUAAUUUCCUUAAAAUGUUUAUCAAAAAUGGCAACAAAACGACUUUGAUUGAGUAUGUUUUAAAGGUAAUACCAGAAAUAUUAAAGCUCGUCCCAUCUCUUCAAAGAAACUUGUGUUUUUAUUAUAGAAAUAUGAAAAUUAUAAACAUCUCAAUUUUAGACAUUUUGAUUUCUUUGUUCAAUUUGGUGGAUUUUUUUUUCUUUCUAUUAUUGUGAGAAAAUAAAGUUAUUUUUAUGAGUGGCAUAGUAACAAUGAAAUUUCUUUUUUUUUUAUUAGAAUUGUUGAGUAUAAAUUACAUUCAAUUCUGACCAAAAAAAUCAUGAAAUUUUGAUGAGAAUUUCAGAUUUUAUAGAAAAUGCAAAAAAUAAAUAAUUUAAUCCUAGAAAUUAAAGAAUGUAACUGUUUAAUCUGAAAUGAAUAUUUUCAUUAAUUAAAUAUUCAGUAGAUCUCAUUUAUGGCUUUAAUAAAAGACGAAACAGUUUUUGAACUGACAGUGGCAGACCAAAUUCAUAUAGAUAGGGCGAUACAUUUAUUUCAUUUGUGUACUAAGCUGAAAUAUACUUAGAAAAUUAUGUAAGAUUCUUAAUCACCUGUUGACCUUCUCAAGGUCAAUAUUCCUCUCAUCUCAGUUGCCAUGGCAUUAUAAUACAUUAUAUGACUUUACUGUGAUUUUGUGUACAAUUAAGUCUGUGUAAAUAGUCUUAGUGUUUGUGUAUAUUUUACGAUUUUUGUGUGUGUAUGCAUAAUUUGUUUAAAAUAUAUAUAUAUGAAGAUUUUAGAGGAUGUAAAUUGGUGAUUUAAUUUUUGUUUGAGAUAAGCUUUAUGGAAGUGUUGUGUUGAUGAUUGUGAAAGUCUGAAAGAGGGAGAGAUUGUGAAUUUAUGUAAGGGUAUUUGUUUUCAUUAGUAAAGUAUAACAAAAGGUGGAGUUCGAAAGGGUUGCAUUUCAGUUCGGCUUUUAAAAAAAAAAUACCCUUUUGAUAUAAAAGAUUUCCAUUUUAUGAAUUAUGUUGUAAGUAAUAUAGUUGAUUAGAAACAGUUAUUGACGAACUUCACACUAUUCAGCAGAUGGUUAAUAUAUAGUUUGACAACUGUCUCAUUAUGAUGAUACAAUAAACUUAUAAGAUGAAGGUAAACCAAACCUAUUAGAUAACAUAGCACUAUAUAGUUUUAAUAACAUUGUACUAUUUACUUUAGAUAGAUGUCUGGCUUGAUGAACACGGAAAAAAUUGUGGUUCAAACUAUGUUAGUUCUUAAAGAAAUAAUAUAAUUAUUAGUUUGUUUCAAGCAAUUGACUACCACAUCCUUGUAAGUCGAAACUACUCAGUGACUCUUUUCAUUAAAAAGUUCUACAAUUCAGAAUUUAAGACAUAUUAAAGUGUUCAUGACUGCAAGAAUCUUAAUCUUACAAUUACAAUUUCUGUGAAAAGAUUAGAGCUGUUGAUGUGUGUAAAAAUGAGUGUAAAAUCAAGACAUGUCUAUUUGUAAAAAUGUCUAAAUUGAAGUUCACAAAGACAAAAUUUAUAAGUAUAGCAAAAACUAUUCACAUGUUUCAUUUGAUGUGAUAUAUUUCAUUUUCUUCACAAUUAAAGUGUUGGAAUAUUUAAGUAAAAGAUAAUGACAAGUAUCUAACCCCAUACAGAAAAAGAAUGUGUCUGUUUUUUUGUUUUUUUUUCACUAAAUAAAGAAUUUUCGAAACUGAAACAGAUUUUAAGGGUCAGUGUUAAAAGGAGUAUGUUCGAUAAAUGGCCGCCUUUUUAAUUGAAAAUUUCAAAUUCAGAUUUAUCGACCAAUAUCACGAUAAAUAAUAUUUAAUACAUUGACUAUCUAGGAUAUAAACAAUUUUGUUGAAAAUUUUACGUUUCUGCGUUUCAUUAUGAUAUCACAAGUUGUACUCAUAUUGAUUUUUCACGAAAAAAUCAAUGAAAACGAGUGAAUUUCCAUAGAUUAUUGGACAGGAAACAUAGAGCGCAUACGUCGACAACAAAGAUAUUUUAAAAUAAUGUUUGUGAAGACAUUUCACAUGUCUUAUUUGAAUCUUAAGCUUGUCGACGCCUGCGCUCUAUGUUUCCUGGUCCUUCAUUUGGUUGAAAUCUAGCUGAUUUUGUCAAAUUUCACCAAAAUCCCUUAUCUUGACCUUUUUGUGAUGUAAAAAUCAACCUGUUAGAAUAAAACUUUGACAAAAACAGUUCUGUUUAACUUUCUAACUUGUCUUUAAGGCAACUUAAAACAUUUAUUGUCAUGGAACUAUGAACUUUAUAAUUGGGGCCAAAUAUGGCCCUUUCCGAACUUACUCCUUUAUCUCAAUAUCAGAAGAUUUAGAAUGUGUUUAGCCUAAAAAAAAAAAGAACCAUAAUAAGGGAAUUAUUAUUAACGCAGACAUAAUGUAUCAAAAUAAAUUCUGGUCUUUCAUUAUGAACUCUAAGUUGCCAGUGUACUUAUAUAUUUAUACAUAGUAUGAGAAUGAACAUACAUGAGUUAGUAUAUGUGAGGUUGUAUGUGUGUUCAUGUGUUGUAAAUGAUAUAUGGUGAGAUUGAGGUUGAUGAAUAGUAGUUUUAAUAUUAUGUGAGAAAAUGAGAUGCAUUAAGAUUCCUCCUUGUGUAUGAAUAUUUUUAACAGAACUUCCAGUAAAUGUUUGUUUUAGCUGUGUUUGGCAGGGUGAAAUAGAGAUGAACUAUUUAUUUGUAUAUAAAAAAUAUUCCAGUUUUAAUGGUCAUGGAAUUGUGCUCACAUGGUUUGUUUUUUUCUGUUUUUGAAGGGAACGUGCAAUGUACAAUACUUCUACACAAGCAUCAUGUAUAUUAUAUGUGUCACCAAUUUGAUGGUGUCGUGAUUUUGUAUGUUUGAAGAAGAUAGGGUAUGAAUGCUUGGCUCCUGUGUGUUAUAUAAAGCACCUCUCCAUGCAGUCUGUUUUUAUUGAAUAAUUUUGAUUUUAGUUUAAAAUAUAACAAGUUUUGUUCAAAAUUAGAUAUGGAUUAGAAAAAUUUCAUAUUAUAUGAAAUUUUACUGUAUGACGGGCCUUCUUGUAUUAUUAUUGCAAAAUAAUUUCAAAAUAUUUUACUGCAUUUUUACCACACUAAGUUGUGACUUGUCUAUCAACAUUUUUAAUUUUACUUUUUGUCAACUUUUCCAUGACAGGAACCUGUCAAUACUCACAUUUCUAUAGCAGAUCUUUGAGGAAAAUAUUGCUUAUGCUACAUAAAAUUUAAUUUCCAUUUUCUGUUUAUUUUGAUAUACUGUGAAUUUAUACAAAGGUUUACAUGUAAAAGAAACUAAAACUUUCUUUUAUAUUUUUUGAAUAAAACAGCUUGGCAUGCAGUCUCAUCCUUUUUGCAUUUCUUGAUAUACGAUUAAAAAGGUUGAAAGUGAAAUUCAUUCAUUUGGAAAUUUCAGAUCUUCCAAGACAAAUUGUUUUGUAAAAUUUCUCAAUCAAUGGCAAAAAUAAUUGAUAUACAUCUAUAAAUUUAUUGAUUUAUUCCUUUUAUCAGCUCACCUGGCCCAAAGGGCCAAGUGAGCUUUCCUCAUAACUUUGCGUCCGUCCUUGUCGUCCGUCGCCGUUUACUUUUACAAAAAUCUUCUCCUCUGAAACUACUGGGCCAAAUCAAACCAAACUUGGGCACAAUCAUUAUUGUGGUAUCUGGUUUAAAAAUUUGUGCGGUGACCCAGCCAACCAACCAAGAUGGCCACCAUCGCUAAAAUUGAACAUAGUGGUAAAAUGUAGAUUUUGGUAUAUAUCUCUGAAACCAAAGCAUUUAGAGCAAAUCUGUAACAGGUAAAAUCUUUGAUCAGGACAAUAUCAAUCUGUCCUCAAAUUUUCAGAUGAAUAGGAGAACCUGUUGUUCGGUUGCUGCCCCUUAAUUGGUAAUUUUAAGGAAAUUUGGCUGUUAUGGGUUAUCUUGAAUAUUAUUAUAGAUAGAGAUAAACUGCAAACAGCAAUAAUGUUCAGCAAAGUAAGAUCUACAAAUAAGUCAACUUGACCAAAGUGGUCAAUUGACCCUUUAAGGAGUUAUUGCCCUUUAUAGUCAAUUUUAACAAUUUUCAUUAAUUUUGUAAAUUUUUGUAAAUUUAUACAAAAUAUUUUCCAUUGUCACUUCUGGGCCAAUUUCAUUAUCGAUAAAGAUAAUUGUGAGCAGCAAGAAUGUUCAAUAAAGAAAGAUCUACAAACACAUCACCAACACUAAAACACAAUUUUGUCAUGAAUCUUUAAUAUGCACAUAGACCAAGGUGAGCGACACAGGCUCUUUAGAGCCUCUAGUUUUUCUACUCAAACAAAAUAAUUGUUUUCAAUCAAAUCUUGAUGACAAAAUAAAAUUAUAUAUCAUUGUCUUUCUGGGAAAUAUUUUCAUUUAAAAGAUUAAAACAUGGCUUUUAAGUUGACAACAAUACUUUAUUUGGAAAGACAUAUUUACAUAUGCAACAAGAGGCAAAAAACAUAGUCAAACAAUUUAUUUCCUAGUAAUUUAAAAAAAGAUAACAGUUGCAUUAUAAUCUACAAGACAUAUUCAUAAAAAGAGAAAUGUAUUUUAACAUGUUGAAAGUAUUUUAACAUCCAAACAGCUAUCUUUUUAUGCCUGCUUUGAUCAAUUUUAACAAAAAAAUAUGUUUGCAAAGUUUUGAUUUACGUUUUUUUGCUAAUGCUUUGAAGUCUUGUGAAACAAAUCUGCAUUCCAAUAAGUAUUUAGUUUUAUACAUGAUCAAGAAAAGUUAAACAACCUGUUUGACUUUUGACAGUACAAGACCCAGGAGAGGUACUUUAUUAUUUAAUUUUGUGUUCAAUUACUUUAUAACUAAAAUACUAUGUGAUCCUGAUUUCUGAUAUUUUACAAAUAAUGAAAGUGUAUUGCAAAGUAAAAAGAUGAUGUUUAUAUUACAAAUAUCUAUCUGAUCUUACAGCACAUUUGAUAUGUUUAUUCAGUGCUUUUUAAAGGGUUUUAUUUAUAGUAUAAAUGACGUAUGAUUGAAAAGUGUGAAAUUAAAUUGUGUUAUAUUUAAAUGCAAGUAAAAAUUUCCUUUCUGA